AGCAGCCCCCUCCUUUUUGUUCCUCUGAGAGAAAACGGCACCGAUAUUUUGUUCCGUUUUCCCCCUUUGGGACAGAAGAAACGGCUCAGCAAACAGGUGCGAGGACGGACGGACGCCCGCGCGCGCGCUCACUCACUCACUCAUUGUUUAACCGGGAUCCACCGAUCAGCUGAAUCUAAAGGUCCGCGUGCGCUAACGAGCUCGGUAUUUCUCACUCACGAGGACAGAAAGUCGGGAGCGUGACGUGUUUAGAAAUAGCUCAUUCUCAAAGUCUUACGAUUCGGAGGAGGGGAAAAAAAGGAGGGUUUAGGACAGAGAGAGAGAGAGAGAGAGAGAGAGAGGGAUGUCAGGCAGGAAGCACAACGCAGAUUCCUUGAAACGGAGCCCGGUACCGGUACCGUCCGAAACAGAAAUGUAUGGUGGAUUUCAGGACUGGUGCCUCCGGACUUACGGAGAUUCAGCCAAGACAAAGACUGUGACCCGACGCAAAUACGACAAAAUCCUCCAGGCGCUGUCUCUGGGGGAGGACUCGGACACCUAUACGGACACCAGCCACGUGAUAAACGCCAAAUUUAAGUUCUGGGUGAAAUCCAAAGGCUUCCAAGUUGGGACCGGAGACCGGAAUGGAAAACCCGACAGACCCGUGCUGUACGUCCCUAUAAAGGCAACGAGUGUGGAUGGUGCUGCCGGACAGGAGAUCUCGUCUCUGAAGAGAGUUGCCGUGGUGGAGGACUUCUACGAUAUCAUCUACGCCAUGCACGUGGAGAUCAGCUCUGACCCAGCCAAAGUGCCCAAACAUGCCGGCCAGAAGAAAACAUAUAAAGCGAUAGCAGAGACGUAUGCGUUUCUGCCAAGAGAAGCAGUGACCCGAUUCCUGAUGGGCUGUGGAGAGUGUCAGAAGAGGAUGCACAUCAGCCCAAGUGGAGCCGAGUGCAAGGAAAAUGACCGGCCUGCAUCUCUGGUCCCUGACCUCAUCGACUACAACAUGCCUUUGACCACCACCUACCUGAAACAGAUGAAACUGCAGUGCAUUAACAACAAGGAGCAGGAUGAGAGUUCAGUGAGCAGUGAGGAGUUUGAUAUGAGUGACCCCACAUGGAUUUCAACUGAGCACCAUAGCGCGCACUCAAACCUGAACCCAGCCACUAAUAUAGAGAGAAUGCUCAGCCCCCAAAACACACACAAAGAGGACGAUGAUGACUCGUCCUCAGAAAGUGGGAGUGGCAACGGAAUCCACAGCAUGACCCCUCCUUCUAUGGGUGUGGUUUCUGUGAGUGACGGUGCAGCAGCUGGACCAGUGACUGGGCCAUAUAGUCAGGUUAACGGAAAUAGGACAGCUGUACCACUGGACUUCAGCACAACUUCAUCCUCAUCCUCAGAAGAACAGCAAACGGUGAACCUAAGAGAGCGAAUGAGUCAGGCACUGCCCACUGCUGCAGCCAUGCUAGCCACAUUCAACCCGGAGCACUCGGAGGAGUUUCGCCGAAAAUAUCACAAACCGCCGCUGGCCUCAGAGCUACGCCUCGACCGAGACAUCAGGGACUAUGCCAACAAGUCUCCUCAGUAUGGUUCAGGAAGCUAUGACUCCAUAAAAAUGGAGAUGUGUGCCGAGGAUCUGACAGUCAGUCGCUCUCAGGCUGCCGAUGAUGACGACGACGAUCACGAUGACCACGACGACAGUGACAAGAUUAAUGACACAGAGGGAGUGGACCCAGAGAGGCUGAAGGCAUUCAAUAUGUUUGUGCGUCUGUUCGUUGAUGAGAACCUGGACCGCAUGGUGCCCAUCUCUAAGCAGCCAAAAGAAAAGAUUCAGGCCAUCAUUGAAUCCUGCAGCCGCCAGUUCCCAGAGUUCCAGGAGCGUGCACGCAAGCGUAUCCGCACCUACCUCAAAUCCUGCCGGCGCAUGAAGAAGAACGGCAUGGAGACCCGGCCCACGCCACCACACUUGACCUCAGCAAUGGCAGAGAACAUUUUAGCUGCUGCUUGUGAGAGCGAAACGAGAAACGCUGCCAAGAGGAUGCGGAUGGACGUCUACCAAACACACGAGGAUCAGAUAGCUCUGGAGAAGGCUGUCUCUCGUGAGCCGGUGCCUCUGACCCACUCUGCAUAUUCUCUGGCAGCUUCUGCUUACUCACAGGACCAGCUGUACAUCAACGGAGGCCUUGGCUACAACUACCGUGCUUUCGCUGGCCUGGCCAGCAGCAUGCAGCACCCUGUCUCUCUCACUACCCCUGCUGCCCAGACCAACGGACCUACUGAUCUCAGUAUGAAGUCUCUGGCUUCGAACUCCUCUACAUCAAGCACCAAUAGUCUUGGGCGGAGUGGAGGAGGAGGAGGAGGGACCUCUGCUCAACUCAGCCAUACAGAAGUGACAGCAGUGCGUCAGCUGAUCGCUGGCUACCGCGAAUCAGCAGCCUUCUUACUUCGCUCAGCCGAUGAGCUGGAAAACCUCAUACUCCAACAGAACUGACCUGCACACUCUCCCUCUCUUCUCAUCGCCACUUUUUCUCUCUCUCUCUCCCUCUCUCUAUCACUCUGCCUUUAUCUUUAACUCUCACUCCAUCACCUCAGGUCUCUGUUUGCUACUUUGCGCCAUCAUCUUCAUCCUCAGAGGCAUACACAGUUGAAGAUAUCAGGAGAGAUGAUGAAGCAUUGAUCAGUAUGCGGUCACAUUCUGAUCGCCUGCAAAGAGAAACGAAGAAAGGGGCUGAUGAGGACGGGAGCAUGCUGCAGUGCUGCGUUGAAGAAGAAAACACUGUUCCUGUGGGUGGCUGGCCUUGUGAAUCAUACACCUCUCCACCUCCAUGCCCUUAAGCGCAUUUACUAAAACAACUCCUUUAAUCAUUUUUUCCCCUUUAUGUCACCUGCUUUCGAGAGCCACUAAUUUGCUGAUUUUUGUUCUCUUCGUUUUUAACUUGCUUUGUAACAGGAGGCAUUAUGUAGUGCCAGUACUCCUGUUUAUUAGCCGACAAAAGGACGCUUUUGAGUUGAGUUGAAGGAAGAUACCUGAAAAAAGUUCAAGUUUAACGAGAAAACAGAAUAAAAAGAAACAAACGAGACCUUUACAUUCGCUGUACAUAAACGCGCUCUGUUCUAAAGCACUUUUUUUUUUUCCACUCAAUCUGACCUCUGCUCCCUAACACUGCUUUUGCUGUAGGGAGAAAAUUGUGUAACUUAUGCAUACAAAUACAGGUGGAGCUCACCUGGAAAUACCUCAGCCUGUCCAAAUCCUCUGUGUCCCAGCUCAUGUUUUCUGUCUGAAGGAGCGGAAUCUUUCCUUCUACCACUACUUUAUGCGUCCAGUGCCUCUCCAGGAUCUAAAAGAGGGCAUGCAUAUGGGACAUGAGCUUGGAUUGUUUCUAUAGUUAUUUAUUUGAUUUUUUUUUUUUGCUUCUAUAAUGUAAUGUACAUGUUCAAUCCAUCAGAAAGUAUUGAUUACAGAAAUACACUGAAAUGAAACACACUGGAACUGGAGGAUUAGACGUAGUGAAGUGUUUUGAUCAGGUAAAGAUCUCUGCUUUAAUGAUUAGGUCUUUCAGGGCCUCUCAAAGCAUUCCAAGUAUGGAUGCCAACUCGAUACUCCACUACCUUUCUUUUUUUUAUGCCAUUCUUCUGAAGUCACCUCUUCUUUCAUGCACAUGUCUGGAGCAAUGGAGGGAGAGUGAUGAAGGGAUUGAGAAAGGAUCUGUUAGUCUUUUUAUCUGUUGACUUUUUUCUCAAAGGCCAUUAAUUCCACUCUGCUGCUAAGGACUUGGACUUUUACGCCACAGACCUGAAACCUCAAGCCUCCUGCACAACCAGAGCACCUCAACCUGGGGGAAAAAAAAAAGACCAACAAAAACGCAAAAAAAAAAAAAAAAGGUCCUGAAAAGGACAAUGUAAAAGUUUAUUGAUUUGAAUGCUUAGAAAGAGAAAAUACUGCCAUAAUAGUUUCCUGCAUUUACAUCUUGUUAGUGACAUGUACGAUCAUUGAGGGUUGUGUUUGCUUUGCAGCUGCGUUUUGUUUUAAUAUCUUCCGAGUUUAAAUGCUUCAGUGUGCGCUUAGUUCCAGAGAUCAGUAGAGAUCAGCUUCUCCGUCUGUGCGACGAGAGCUUUCACAUGCUCCAACAUGCACACACUCCCUCCCGUGUGGAGUCUUUUUGGGGAAGUGAAUCUUCAGAGGGAGAGUAGAGAAAAGGCAAGCCGUUUUCGUUAGAGAGGUAGGCUCGUGUAUAGGGCCUGACUGACUGGCGUGUCACUGUAAUUUGCUCCUCUUUGCACACUGAGGCAGUGCUGCUCUGCUACUGUGGAGCUCUGUGUCAAAGCCUGAGGUUGCACUGCUCGAGAGGAGCAAGAGGAAGAUUAUUGCAAUGCAAAAGAUAAUCAAAGGCAUUCCUGGUCCUAAAGGAGAGAGUUGGAUGUGGAGAGACUACCAAGACCUGUAAUAAGGGCCAGUCACAAGUACUGAAGUGAAUUCCUAUUGUCUAGUCUUAGUGGGAUCUUGUAACAGCGAUAAUAGACGUAUAAAAUAAACGAGUAAAAUAGAUCUUCAGUGACGUGUGUAGGAUCUACGAGUUUUACGUUGUGCUUUCUACCAUACCUACGUACAGUCAUUGCACAUGUGUUGUUGGAGAAAUGUAAUCAGCUGGCUCAAACCACUAUCACUACAGGAGAAAUACUGCACGGGUUACAUUCUGUCUGCUGGUCUGGGUAGAUCUUCACAUUUGAGCUCUCUCUCUCAAUUAUUGGUAGUGACAAGGAUGAGGAAAUAUGCAAAAUGACCAGUCCUCUCCUCACUGUGCUCUCGUCUUACUGUGGCUUAUUGGUUUUGAUUUAAUAUCGCCUUCAUUUUUUUAAGGGACCCAUCCCCCCUCGCUGUUUGGGGUGUGAUGCUUUUGAUACACUCACUUUUGUUCUUCCUACUCAUUUACAUUAAGGGAAGAGCUGUGUAGAUGUCGUUGAUUUUUCUUUGAAUCAGAAAGCCUUGUUGUGUUGCAGUUCACCAUCUUGGUUUAACGUUGGUGAAGUUCCUGUUGAAAACAUGCUGUGUGAUGUUCUAGAUAAGAAGACUGCUCAUGAGUAAUCUUUCUUGAUAUUGUUUACGUUUGCUUACGAUUUCUUAUCCCUUUUCUGCUCAGUCCUUAUGUUAAAGCACUAGAAACUGCUAAUAUAAAGGCUGUGUACGAGGACUGAUAUCCUGUCUUUCUGUCUCCAUCUAUCCCUCUUUUGCUCCCACUGGUUCAGAGUGAUGGAGUGAUGGGUCCUGCUGCUUGUUAAAAUCACUCAAAGAUUGCUGAAUUUAGACUAACCUCACAUGCCACUAAGCUCUGCUCGGGUUGCUUGAAAUUUGAGAUUGUGACAGUUCUGCUUUUGUAAUAUAGGCAAUGGACUGCUAACGUUAUUUGUGGAAAGGUUGUGAGAUUAUUAAGGGAUUCUUAAGGGAAAUAAAAGGCACGCUCAUUCACUCAUUUGGGAAUUUGCUCCCUCCACCUCCAUCACGGACAGCAACUUAAUGGAUACAAACUGUAAAAACAAGGCAAACGACAAUCUUGGAAAAGGUGUAAUUAGUUUGGUUAGAUUUCCCUUCUCCGUGUACGGCUAUUGUUUACAGUGUAUAUGGGAGAACGUGGGGUGAUUUAGCCAUAAGCUGAGCAUCUCUGACGUCUUGGACGCCUGGCCCGUCUCACUACCUGUGGAGGACUCCUAGUGGCCCACUGUCAACACCUUCUUAUAUGAUUUCUAUUUUUAUUAUAAUCGUCAUGAUUGCAGUUAUUAUUUUUUAAUUCUUUUUGUAUUACAAAGUGGUCUUUCUACAACUGUUUUGUACAACACCAACAUCACAAGUGAAGUUUUGUCUAUACAUUCCAAGGAAGGAUGUCAAUAUAUGAAGCAGUCAAGCGGACCCAAGUCAUCGAGCAUGUACGAAGGACAGCCUACCCAAGUGCUCUGUACUACUUAAAAAAAUCCCAAUCAGAAAAAAAAUUACUGAAACUAGAAGCUUUCAGAUGAAACAAUAAGUGUGCACUAUGAUGUACAUUUUCCACAAUGAUCUGGGGUUACCUGGUGCGGCUUCAUGCAGUUAUGACCCUGCAAAGGCAAAGUGUGUUUACUUCGUAAAUAUGUUGCUGACAGCACUGGUGUUAAAAGUUUUUCAUAUUGGUACAUUUUCAUAUAAAUAGUAUUACAACCCCAACUUUAUACCUCAUACUGUAUCUAUUAUUACCCAGCAUGCUUCAAAACAAACAAACAUUGGGCAGGUUUUUUUUCUUCUCCUGAGACUGCACUUUGCCUUUAAGGAGCUGAAUUUAUUAAGAUUAGCCCUUCAUUUGUUCAGUUAGAGUUUAUGUCCAUCGUGAGCGUACGUAUAUAACCCUCAUUCUGCAUAUUUAUGAUAUGAAUAUGCUGCAUUGUCUCCAGGGCCUUCAAGCUUUUGUUUUACUUCAUAGCUGGAAUUUGGCACACACAGUCAGGUCUCAUUUGAUCCGUCUACAUGUCACGUGACCUCCUCAAGGCACACUGACACCAUCUUGGCAUGUACAGUGUAAACACACACUUACAUAUACAGAUAGUGCGUUGGUUCAGACUAUGUACUCUGGUUACAGUAGCUGCUGAACGACACACAUUAAAAAUAUGGCCGCUUUGGCUCUGAUGUAGAGCUCAGCAAAAAUGUGAGGGGGAAAAAAAAAUAUUUUUCUACUGCAGUGGUGUACAUACAGUCGAAUCAUCUCAAUUUCGCUCUGUAGUCUGUCCUCUAUAAUUUGUUGGUGCUUUGCAUUUCUGUUUGCUUUAUUGUUCUGUUUUACUGUUUCAGGAGCUUCGAAAUUCAGCUCUGCUUUGGAGAUGUACUUUAUACCAAUGGGGAAUGAUUCUCUCUCUCUCUCUCUCUCUCUCUCUCUCUCUCUCUCUCCUCUUCAUUUUGGACUCAGUGGAAGUGUGAUGUUUACAUGUACAGAUUUUUGAAAUUCUCAGUUUUCUUUUCCUUCUCGUUUGCUCAUGAUUUGUUUUGUUUGAAAGCAGUUUUUCUCCUUCCUGCUCUCAUACAAUGCUUAAUUGAAUCUCAUUUCUUGUUCGUCGAAGGGAAAUGUGUCUGAGUAAGGUUUAUGUUCAUUUCAGCAGUGCUUAUAAAAGUGAGUCCUCCUCUGCUUUGUUCUGAUCCCACUUUCAAACUGCUGACAACAGGAAGACAAAAUGAAGGUUCACUGUAAAACGAUCCUCUAUUCUGACUGCAAGCCGGUACAUGCCAGUCCAUUCCUUUGCAAUUAAAAGCCAUUUUCAUGCCCUUCACUGGGCUCGCAACAAGUAUUAAAUUACAAAAACGGACUGAAAACCUCAGGUAAAUGACUACUAUUUAUGUAAUUGUAAGUCUUACUGGCAGCCCAUUUCCCUCUUUAAUACCACAUAAAUUAUAUUAAAUAAUUAUUCUUUUUUAUAUUUAUUGUGUUCUGUAUAACAGUUGAGACCUUUUUCAGUACAUGUGGCUAAAUAUUUUAAUUCUUUUGAAAAGUGACAAAUAUACAGUAUAUGUGAAGAAGCUGAAAGAUGAAAAAAAAUCAAUUUCUGUUCGUUUAAUAAAAAACAGCAUGGGUGACUCCUAACAUAUCACUUUGAUUAAAGAAAACCAAUGAUUUAAAAUGACGCUUUCUCCAGUGGGUUGUCACUGCUGAGGUAAAAAAUGUCUUCAAACAUGACAUUGUGACUUUAUUAUUAUUAUUUUUUUCCUCCCAAGCUGUUUGUCUGAAAGCUAAAUAUGCUAAUAA